UUCACCUUGAUCACCACCAGCAAAAUCUAAUGAAGGAUCCUCUGUGGAGUUUUGGAAUAGCUAUUAUGGGGAAAGGAAAUGGGGUGAAAAGCAAGAAAAUGGACUGAAACAAUAUCUGAAUUUAAAAAAAAUAAUUCUUUUAAUUUCUUUGAGAAUUAUAAUUUCCGUUGUAUGAAACACAAGAAUAUUAAAAGAAAACGAAGGAAAUAAACCUCUCUCUUUCCUCUUCUCAUGAAGUAUAGGGCUUCGAGGGCUAGACAUUCCCAAACUCCAUUUGACCUCUACAUCAGUAGUUCCCAACAGGCGUCCAUAUGACCCUUGCGGGGACAUAUAAGAUUUUGUUGUUAAAGUUUAAGUACAAUACAUUAGUCAUACUUCUACAAUACACAAAAUACUUUUUUUAAACAUCAAAUGUCUAUGAGGGUCCAGUAUUGUAAAAUAGGAAUCAAAGGGGUCCCUAGGUAAAAAAUGGUUAAGAAAUACUGCUCAACAUGAUCGCUAGUACCUUUCUAAUAUCAGUGGUGGUGAGAGGGGUCUCUCAUUCGGAGAGUGAAGGACAGUGCCCAAGAUUUUUUUUCCAGUUCUAGAGUUCCCAAAUUGGUGGGGAUGAAGGAAGGAUCGGAGAUCUAGCCCAAGUCCUUUCAAACAGGCAAAGGUGGUGGUGUUAAUACAGGUGACCGAUUAGUUCAGCUAACGAAGAACAUUGACGUCCCUUCCACCGGGCUUCCAUCAACCAAAGUCCACUGACAAGGCUUUGCUGAACUUUAGGUUAUUGUGAAAUACACUUGCUAAAAGUUCCACACAAUGGGACCUACCCGAAACCACCACAGAGUGCGAAACGAACUUCUUAACCAUGCAACACUGUCUGCUAGAAAUAGCAGCCAAAUCUCACUCAAGUGAGAACACAUUAGAUAAUGAUGUAAUCCUAAAAAUUACAGCUUGGGAGAAAAAAAGAAAAACAAGUCAGUCACAUCUGGAGAGUGCGCCUUUGGCCAUAGAUCAACUCGAUCAGAGUUAACCCGAGGUUAAACAACCACAAUAAUAAAUAAACAAAAACAAACUGAACAGUGAAAAGGGUGCAACAAGCUCCGACUGUAACACAUGCACCAUAUUCAAUCAACCACUGCAUGUCAGAAUACAGUGUUCCUCAACCAAAACGGAGGUGUGGUUUAUCCGGAGAUAGGGAUCUGUGGAUCGGACCGAGCCAUAGAUCUCGGUGAGUGUUGAGCUUGGACAAAACAGCAAUUACCACUACGUAUAAUACAUCCCCAUAUAACCAAACAUUGUGAUGUGAGUUAUAUAAAACGGUCCCAGACUUGACUGAAUGAAGUAUGAUCAUAUAUACAGCGUACAGACUUCCUAAUAGUCCGAAGGUCUAACUCCGGUUCCAUAGGUAUUGCAUCAUUUAUAGUGAGCACGUGGAAGUUUAACACUCACAAUACACUUCAGAUUGACAAUGAAUAUUUCUAAUCAACAACUGAACACACAGCAAAGUAAAACUUCAGUAGACCCCGAAAAUAAAAUCGUCCCAAAUCACAUCAUGGUUAAUUCACGUUGGUGCAACUCAGAAUUGGUGACCAAAAUUCAGGCCAAUGUUCGUGUUUUGUUCUUCGACGACAAACCCGACAUCGAUUUUCGUCCUGCAAAUAGUGUGUGCGUGGUUUACAUCUCGGAGGCAGAGUUGGUGUCUCAGGCUACAGCCUAUAAGAAAAAGAUGGUGAGACUGAGAAGAGCUGACGUCUUCAAAAUAAUCGUCCUCGCCGAAAAGACAUCCAUGACGACACAGUAUUACGCCAAUGUCCAGAAUUUUUGCGUGUUUGAACUAGGAUUAGUCUUGCUACCUGUUUCCUCGCAAGCUGACGCCGCCGGGAUUCUCACACAACUCUUUUAUACAGGCACGCAACCAGAGAAGAAUCCCUUCAAGCGAAUACGAAAUUCUUCUGAAGAAGAUCAAAGUUCAAGUUCUCUAUUGGCAACACUGCAAUGUAUACCAGGUCUAGGUGUUACCAAUGCAAAGUUAUUGUUAGUAAAUUUCGGCUCCAUCAACGGCAUAAUUGAAGCCUCUUUCGAGAGUCUGAGCAACGUAGUUGGCAAAAGUAUAGCCGCACGUAUAAUAGAUUUUCUCAGUUGAAUCUCAAGUUUGACAGCAUAGUUGCUUAUGAAUCAACCUUUAAAAGACAUUCUUGUUAUACUUACUGAAGAAGGCCAGAAGCAAUAACGUACGGUUUACUAUAUCUAUUGCAGGAAAAUAGACUCGGUACUAUAUAACUGAAGGUGGACAAGCUUGAAGGAAGACAGACCUCCAGCUCUGUUAAAUAUGUUAUAUUUAUGACAGAUGGAAUCAACACUGUAUAGUCUGAAUACAGAUUAAUUCAACACUCUUAUAGUUUGUUGAAUCCAACACUACAGAUAGAGAGGGGUCUUGCCCAAUACUGUAUAGUCUCAUUCAACACAAUAUGGAUAGAAGGACAAAUACAGACUGAAGGAGGACAUGUUCAAUAUUGUAUGGACUGAAACUGAAGAAGGACAGAUCAAACGUACAAUUUUAUCAAACUCAUUAGUGCACUAUUCAACGGUGAAUUCUCUCAACUUCAUACAAUAUGAAAGACAGCCCAAACACUUUACAGUCUGAAGAAGAGUUUGACAGACAGAUAACGGACCAAAAAUUGUACAGUUUGAAGGACAGAUCAAACUGUACAAGUCUGGGAGACAGAUCAAACAGUGUACAAGAUAGUCAAGUGUUGUAUUGUAUAGACAGCACUAAACAGUCAGAAGGAUAAACCAGACACUAGAGUUUGUUCAAAUUAUUAAAUGGGGAACAGACUAAACUUUGUACAAUUUGUUAAAAUUAUUUGGAAAAUUCCCACCCACUUGCACUCCUAGUUUCCUCUGUUUCCACUCACUUUUCACCUCAUAUCUUGAGGUGCAAUCUGGAUGAUAUCUCAUCACAACUACUACUGCUCAUUAAUUCACUCAUAAAUAUAAGUAGUCAUGUAGCUUGUCUACGAGGACCUGCUCUGCCCCAUCUCCUCUUAUACCUUAACUUUCAUCUCCAAGCAUAAAGCACCCCACUCUGCCUUGGGUUUUUGUAGUCUUACAAGCUGUAUAGCAGCCUCACUAGUGCUGGUAGCACAAGAAAAGCACACUACAUGCUGUAAACUGGUUGGCAUUAGGAAAGGCAUCCAGCCAUAGAAACCAUAACAAAUACACUAGAUCACAAUGCAGUCCUUGGACACAUCAGGUCU